CGACGCGCCAACAUCAAGCAUGGACAUUGACAGCUUACUUGACUUGGAGGAGACCUUCUACGCCGAGGGGUACGAGCUCGGAUUUAAAGACGGAGAAGUCGCCGGCUACAACGAAGGAUGCGUAUUCGCGGUUGAAAAUGGAUUUGAAAAAUUUCAAGAGAUGGGAAGACUAUACGGCAAGGGAAUAAUUUGGGCGAAGCGAUUACCCGGGAAUCAUGGCUUGUUACACGCUUCCAAGAGCUUGAAUGGCGCUGCUGAGGGCGCUGAAGCAGUCUCCACGAAUACCCCUGAUCGUGAUGAUGUCCACCUCCCUGACCUACCUCCCAACCCCCGACUAGAGAAGCAUCUCGCGGCGUUUCUUUCCCUGGUGGAUCCUUUGACGCUUUCGAUGGAAAAUGCAGAAGAAGCGGUCGCUGAAUUCGACGAAAGGCUGAAAAAAGCAACUGCCAAAGCCAAAAUUAUAGAGAAGCUACUGGGGGAAACGAGUACAAGUUUGGGGCACGCGAGGCAGGGUGUCGGAUCUGAUAACAUUGAGGAUAUUGGAGCGCUUCCGCCGAGAAUAAUACAAGAAGACUGAGUCUCCUUUUCGCCAAUCUUUAUUCACGAGUGCCCUUGCAACCUUUGCCGGCCUUCCGGGUCUGCUCUUAAGACGUCGCUUGGAUGCAAAGUGGAAGACACACUUAACCGGCUGGCUAGAAUUACGAAUGGACCUACCAUUAUGCUCUUCGAGGGAAGUAUGCGCAGCCGCAAGGCCACUAAAGCAUUUCUGCCCGGGAAUGUGCAUGCGUAUAUGCAUAUUCCACCUGUGGCAAACAAGCAUAUACGGAAACGGAAUUCGGAAAAUUACGGGAAUUCUUACUCCUGAAGAAGUGGAGGGGUUCGAGUCUCGGGAAAUAUAGCACUAUGGGCAACUCUCUGACCGGUUGUUAAGUGGCUGAUGAUACUGUUGCGAGAAUCAUGCCCGCGACAGUACCGGUUGAAAGAUUGCUAUAACGGGCAAUCUGGUAACUUAGGGGUUUGUAUAGAGAUAGGUAACUAGAUAUAGAAACC